AUGUUAAGUAAAUUAAACUAUUUGCUACUAUCUGUUUAGUAUUAAGUUUAAUAGCUUUCUAAUUUUUAAAACAUUUUAUGGUAUCAAAUGGAUUCCCAGCUCUGAAACAGAACAGAGUUAAAAAUAGACAUUACAGUUUGGUGACACCAGAGGAAAUUGUUAUAGUCUAAUGCAAAUUUACUAGUUCAUGUUGUUAUUUGAAAAAAAGAGAGCUUGAAAGUGUCAACGAAAAUGAACCACUACAUGUACGUUGUUAGCCUUGUAGUUUGGUGUUUUACACAUUUAGGAAAUACACAGCUACAAGAUGUUCCUAGUAAACUGUCAAGUCUUGCAGUAAAUUUACAUUAUGACAGGGACAUUCAAACCGAAAUUAACAGCCUCGCCCACGACGGUCAAGAAAUUGUUAUUUCAUUCCAAAACACACUUAAAACAGAAGGCGGUAAAAUACUAACUGAGAGAAACCGACUAGUGAAAACAAGUAACCCAACUGAUGUUAAAGUCGAUACUUUAAGAACUAUUUUAAAACGUGCAAGAACGUCUCUUCAAUACGAGCAAAAAGACAUAAUCUCCCUUGAGAGCGAUAUUCAUAUAAAUAUUGAAAGAUGUCAUACUAGAAGAAAACAACACGACACCAGUAGAAAAAAUGUCAACAUUGAACUUGAAUCUCUCCCUAAAAAAAUCUCAAGUCUGGAGGAUAAAAUAAGAGCGCACGACGAAAGCGUUCGUAAUAUUGAACAAAGUUCGAAUGAAUUAGAUGUUCAAGCCGAGAAUCUCAGGCGAGCGGCAAGGAAGAAAAAGAAGAGAGGACUUUUUGGAGGAGUGAUUGGUGGAAUAGUUGGUGUUGCACUUGCACCGUUUACAGGCGGUGCAAGUCUCGCAAUUGCUACGGCAGCAGCUGGUAUUCACGCGGGCGUUAAUCUGAAUGACGCAGACGACUGUAACAGAAAUGCUCGACGUCUGAGAGACGAGGCUAACUCUAAACGACAAGAGGCUCAGAGAUUAAGAACAGAACGAGACACACUUGUAGCGGAAAAAAAUAAAUUACUCUCCGAAAUUAGAAAACUUGAAACAAGUAUGGAUGAACUUCGAGACGCGGAAAGUGGACUUGAAGCUGUAAGCGGAUACCUUCGGUCAUCUACGGAAGUUAUCACUGAAUUGCUGUUUGCUAUCGAGAAUAUGGACACAGCGAUGAAAGAUGCAGAUCUCCAUGGCAACUCGUUUGAGAUCAUACAGAACGCAUUUGCCCGUCAUCCGGAGAAAUUAGAUAAAAGUUCUCAGGUUCAUCUGAAUACACUUAAGGAUAAAUGGCAGCGACUUGCACACAUACUAUCACAAUACGGGGCAAAAGCAGCACUUGUGUAGAUGGCCUAUACCUUCACGUCUUUCACUUCCGGCGGGUUUUUUUUUUAAAAUAUACAUUGUAUCAUCAACCAUUUUUUUUUAUUUAUGCUAUUUUUACACGAUGACGUCUGCUCAAUACAAUUGAUGUUGUUCCUGAUAUAUGUUUAUACAACUAUCGCGUAUUCAUUUUAAUUUUAUGCUCUUAUUUUUAUUUUAUGCUACGUAAUUUGAUUAAAAAUAAUCUAUUUAACUACCAGAAUAAUCACUACGACACAUGUAUUUCAUAUAGGGAAUAAUAUAUCGACCCUUUGUUGGCGGUAAAAAACUCAUAGACUGGAAACACUGUUUUUUGUUAAAAGAAGCUUUAACGUAUUGGUUUGUAGUUUAUGUAUAUUUGUUAUAAUUCAUGGCAAUCUUUAAGUAAAAUAUAAAUACAGUAUAAAUUUGUUAAUUUUUAUUUCCUUGUAACAUCGUGAUGAACCAUUUAAGUAUUUCAUUAUAUUAGAAGUGUUGUUUAACCACCUCACGACUUUCAAUCAAAAUAUGUUUAUUAACCCCUAAUUUAUUAUCAAACAUUCUAAAAUAACACAUUGUAUAGUAAAAAUUUAAGUUGUAAGUAGUUAUUUUUAGAAAUGGUAACAAUUUUAUCAUGAUGAUAUAUGUACAGAUACAACAUUCCCAGUGUUUGACAUUCAAAUUUUAAAUUGAUCUUAAAAAUAACAACUGUUACCAUUUCCAGUCACUCAUGAAGUAUGAUCUGAAUAUUUAAAUAGUUGUGUAUAUUCUCGUUGAAAAAUUGUUAUGUUUAAUACUGAUAUUCAAUAUUUGUGAUAUUAUAUUUUAUAUGUUUAAGUUCUUAUGAUUCUUGUAGAAUGACUAUACAUUGUUGUUUUUGCAUUAGACUGGAAUAAUUAUAUAAAUUAUCCCAAAGUCUCAAAUGUAUGGCAUUAAAAUAUCUAUUAUACUAACACCCAUUUCCAAGCAUUAUAAUUAUAACAUAUGUUGCUAUUUUAUAAUGUGACAGAAAUAUUUACAAUAAAUAUCAAUAUUUGAUCUUGCUAAAGAAAACUGUCCAUGAUUUAUCACGUCGAGUAAUGUAUAUAAUAUAUUUUGUCUAGAUUUAGAUCAUUGAUAGAGAAUUUUGAAUGAGUUUAGUUUUGUUAUUUAAAGAGUUGAUUAAAAUACUAUAUAUGAGCCUAUGACGAGCAUAAUACUGCAUUAUUUAACACGACAGUGCGAUACAUUUUGUUUU